AUGUCUGAAAAUACACCCCUGAUUGCCUCGCCGGCCGCCCCGGCACCAACAAACAACUGGCUUCACGUUCUCAGGCUGACUUUGAAAUCCUCGCCAGUCAAUUACUUCCUCCUGUUCGUUCCGCUUGGGUACCUUGCAGAGUGGCUCAGCUUCAGAGCGUCUCUAGUGUUCAGUUUCAACUUCGUCGCCAUCAUCCCGCUUGCCUCCGUCCUGGCAUACGCAACCGAAGAGCUGGGAGAGUCUAUCCAUAACGAUUCCAUAGCCGGUUUGCUAAACGCUACUUUCGGAAAUGCAGUUGAAGUUAUUGUGAGCGUUUUGGCCUUGAGUCAAAACCAAAUAACCGUUGUGCAAGCUUCCAUGCUUGGCUCGAUUCUUUCCAACCUCUUGUUGGUGCUUGGAUGUUGUUUCAUCGCCGGUGGUAUCAAGUACCCACAACAGUCGUUCAACCAAACAGUGGCUCAGACAAUGAGCUCGCUGCUUGCGCUGUCUAUGAGUGGACUGUUGCUCCCGGCCGCCUUCCAUGCAUCGCUUCCAGGAAAGACAGAAAACUUGGACUCCAAAAUCCUGGAAAUCUCCAGAGGAACCUCGAUCCUGCUGCUGAUCGUGUACUGUUUCUAUCUCUAUUUCCAACUCGGAACUCACAAAUUUUUGUUUGACCAAGCGCUCGAAGCCGAGGACGAGGAACAACUGCCGGUGGUGCAGGAACAAAACGGAACCUCCGCAGAUGUCUCGGACUCCCACUCCAAACGCAGUUUCCUGACCAGCAGACCAAGAUCCCUGUACGAGUUGGGCAACCAGCAACCUACCCAUCUUGCUGCUCCUUCCUCCUUGGUUGUGCUGCUCCUGACGACAUUGCUGGUUUCGUUCUCUGCCGACUACCUUGUGUCGUCUAUCGACGAUAUCGUCGAGAGCUCGGGUCUUUCGAAAACCUUUAUUGGUUUGAUUGUGAUUCCGAUCGUCGGUAACGCGGCUGAGCACGUCACAGCGGUGGUGGUGGCUGUGAAAAACAAGAUGGACCUUGCUGUCGGUGUUGCUGUCGGCUCCUCGAUCCAGAUUUCGUUGUUUGUGACGCCAUUUCUUGUCCUGAUAGGAUGGGUUUUCGAUGUGCCAAUGUCCUUGUACUUCUCCACGUUUGAGACCGCGGUGAUGUUUGUGGCUGUUCUCAUCACGAAUUAUCUCAUUCUCGACGGAGAGUCCAACUGGCUUGAGGGAGUCAUGUUGGUGAGCACUUACGUGAUCAUCGCCAUCUCGUUCUUCUUCUAUCCGGACACAAUAGCUACCUAA